AUGGCGACUCCUCGAUAUCGUUCGCCGUCGUUAGUGCUACCGUCGAAAACAAAGCAGCAAGAAUUGGAGGAUGAGCAACGAUGGGAAGAUGAGCACAAAUUUAAUAUGAGCAAUGGUUUUGCCAACACCAUUGCCUCGGCCGCUGCACGUGCUCGUUACCACAAGCGCUACAAUGAAUAUUUGAAAAGUACAAAUUGUCUAAGGAAUUCAUACGAAGUUCCCAAUAACACGAAUAGCUUUACGAAAAGUGAGUCAAUGCUCACGACGAGACCGCAUCCUGAUGCACUUUUGCCGCCAAGAUGUUACACGGAGGAAGAGAAUGUGAUGCUGAAUAUUGCUGCCGGAAGUGGUUUGGAAAAUACCGUGCAAAUUAUGAAAAGUCCAUUUUUGUCGGCGCAGCAAGUGAAAGAGAAACAGAAAAGUCGAUCAGUGUUUCGACGUGUCUACAAUGUACUACGGUAUCGCAUAUCAGAUGUAAAUAGCACCAAACCGGGGGAUUUUUUCUUUUCGACGACGAAGGAUAGUGAAAGUGUUGCAAAUGCAGCGAACGAUAAGAAGGAUAAGCCGGUGGAAGUUGUUAGUCGGCUGUCAUUUGAUCCAUCGUUGCCAGCUUAUUAUCGGUGGCUGUCUAUUGUAUCGCUAGCAGUUUUGUACAACGUCAUAUUUGUGAUUGGACGUGCUGUUUUCUGGGACAUCAACAAAAAGGCACCGGGCAUGUGGUUCACGUUUGAUUACAUCGCCGAUUUGAUUUAUAUCUGUGACACUGUUGUGCAUUGCCAUGAAGGUUACUUGGAUCAAGGAUUGCUGGUACGCGACGCGAGCAAGUUGCGAAAGAAUUAUUUCGGCUCGAAGAAAUGGUACACGGAUUUCGCGUCGUUUGUCCCGACUGAUGUGAUCUACUUUUGGUGGCAUCCGUCAUCGUGCAGCAGUGUUCGAGUGCCAUGUCCCGUAAUUAUCCGACUAAAUCGCAUGUUUCGCUUGCCACGACUGCUCGAGUGGUUUGAUCGCACAGAAACUCAAACAGGAUACCCGAAUGCGUUUCGCAUCUGCAAAGUUGUGUUGGUCAUUUUGAUCCUCAUCCACUGGAAUGCCUGCUUUUAUUUUGCGAUUUCUUACGCACUUGGCUUCGGGUCGGAUAAUUGGGUCUACAAUCUCAAUGGAGCUCGAAAUGCGUCACUUUCGCGACAAUAUAUCUACAGUUUUUACUGGUCAACGCUCACUUUGACCACAAUUGGCGAGACUCCGACACCCGAAAAUGACGCAGAAUAUCUCUUCGUGGUCGGCGAUUUUCUUGCGGGAGUUUUGAUCUUCGCUACCAUCGUCGGUAACAUCGGUUCUAUGAUUUCGAACAUGAAUUUGGCGCGAGUUGAGUUCCAAAAUCGCAUGGAUGGGGUCAAGCAGUACAUGGCCUUCCGUAAAGUGGGACAUGAACUCGAAGCGCGCGUUAUUCGUUGGUUUGCUUACACAUGGUCGCAGAGUGGAGCAUUAGACGAGGAACGAGUGUUGGCAGCAUUACCCGAUAAAUUGAAGGCGGAAAUUGCUAUUCGAGUGCAUAUGGACACGUUACGUCAAGUGAGGAUUUUUCAAGAUUGCGAGCCGGGAUUAUUGGAAGCACUCGUACUAAAAUUGAAGCUUCAAAUUUUCAGUCCGGGCGAUUACAUUUGCCGCAAAGGAGAUGUCGGAAAGGAAAUGUACAUUGUCAAAAGUGGUAAAUUAAGCGUUGUAGGAGAUGAUGGUACCACAGUUUUCGUCACUUUAGGUGCUGGAUCUGUAUUUGGAGAGGUGUCAGUUUUGGACAUUCCGGGCAACAAAACAGGAAAUCGACGUACCGCAAAUGUCCGUUCAAGCGGAUAUUCCGAUUUAUUCUGUUUAUCAAAGCGUGAUUUGUGGGAGACCCUUGCUGAUUACCCAGAAGCUCGUCAAUUGUUAACAGAACGUGGUUGUCAGUUACUGCGCAAGGAUAAUUUGCUCGAUGAGGAUAUUUUUGCAUUGUCCCAGAAGAACCAAGAUCCGAUAGAAUAUGGCAUCGAAAAGUUGGAAACCAGCGUUGAAAACAUUAACGACCGAUUAGCGAGACUUUUAGCAGAGUAUGCCGCGUCACAGGCCAAGUUGAAACAACGUAUUUCUCGUUUAGAGGAGGAUAGUCGUUCGAAGACAUCAAAGAGAUCUCUGAAGCAUCGUCAUUCAUCGUCUUCGACGUCAUCUAGGCCAGGAACGAGCGAUUCAACAAAAAGAAAAGAAAGAACGUUAUAAAGAUGAACGGUUUCAACGUGUUGCACAAUAGUGGCCUUGUAUUCUUUUUAAAAAAAUAAAUUAGAUUAGAAGUUAUGGAUUAAG